AAAGGGGGCGGUGUCGUACUAGGUCGGCCACAGUUCCCUCACCCUCUAGCCUGCCCUCACUCAAGAUGGCCACCAGCAAAAUGGUGCAGUGGCAAGAGCCGCGCUGCCCUGGUUGCUAAGGAGACGCGACUACCGGAAAUGCGGAAUUCGGGGAGAGAGCAAGCGCUAGGGCAGUGGGAGGAAGCCCUCGCGUCACAGAUCCUGACAGGGAAGAAGUAGGCAGGUCCUGGCAGUGGGGAGCUGUGGCGGCGGUAUCUCGGGUAUAGCCAGCUCCAGCCGGAUGGAGUCUCGAGUCGCGGACGCCGGGGCCGGCCAGGCUGAGCGCGCAGCGGGCGAGGGGCGGACAGUCAGCGGCGCCGCUCAGGGACCCGCAGUCUCGGCGCCCUUGGGUGCUGCCCGGUGGAAGCUCCUGCGGCAGGUUCUGAAACAAAAACACCUGGAUGAUUGUCUACGACAUGUAUCUGUAAGAAGAUUUGAAUCAUUUAAUCUGUUCUCAGUAACAGAAGCCCAAAAAAGGGAAACUGAAGAGGAAGUUGGUGCCUGGAUUCAAUAUACAAGCAUCUUCUAUCCUGAAUACAGUAUUUUCUUAAGGCACAAUAGUGGAUCUUUGAAUGUUGAAGAUGUUCUUACCAGCUUUGACAAUACAGGAAAUAUUUGCAUCUGGCCGGCUGAAGAGGUUUUGGCUUACUACUGCCUCAAGCACAGUGAUGUAUUCAGGGACCUUGCUGUGUGUGAGCUAGGGGGUGGCAUGACAUGCUUGGCUGGGCUCAUGGUUGCUAUUUCUGCAGAUGUCAAAGAAGUUCUGUUAACUGAUGGGAAUGAAAAGGCCAUCAGAAAUGUGAGAGACAUCAUCACAAGGAAUCAGACGGCCGGUGUGUUUAAGACUGGGAACAUAUCAAGCUGCGUUUUACGAUGGGAUAAUGAGACAGAUGUCUCUCAACUGGAAGGACAUUUUGACAUUGUUAUGUGUGCUGACUGCCUGUUUCUGGACCAGUACAGAGCCAGCCUUGUUGAUGCAAUAAAGAGAUUACUCCAGCCCAGGGGGAAAGCAAUGGUAUUCGCCCCACGCCGAGGGAAUACUUUAAACCAGUUUUGCAAUCUAGCUGAAAAAGCUGGUUUCUCUAUCCAAAGACGUGAAAAUUAUGAUGAACACAUUUCAAACUUCCACUCCAAGUUGAAAAAGGAAAACCAGGAUAUAUAUGAAGAAAACCUUCAUUAUCCACUUCUGCUUAUUUUAACCAAAAAUGAAUAGAAGAUUAAGCUGCUCGAAAGACAAAGAAAACAUCCAGUGCACAGGCAGUAUUUUCACAAAAACAGAAAUCUGUAACGGGUAUAAUAUGCAGUAAGCCGUGGGCUCCUUGAGAUUUUUCAAGCCCCCAGGACAUGGGCCCCAACUGCCUUUGCAACAUUCCAUGUGUGGGUUCCCGGGUCCACCUGUCCUCACCCACGUGACUCCCCAGCCAUCCUGGACUCUUCUUUCUUCCAUCGGCUUGUUGCUCUUCCUGCACCAAACUUUUGUCUUUAAAUAUGUAUAAGCGGCCUAUGUGAGAUUUGAAUUGGACUUGAGAGCCACCCAAAUAUUUUUCCCUCUCAUUGAGACAGAAUUUCUUUUGGUGAUUCCCACCCCACCCCCACCACCUUUAGAAAAUAUCUUGGUCUUUGUUCUAUUUUAGUGGUGGUCAUUUUUCAUCUGCCAACCCAGCAAACAUGAUGAUUCUUUCCUGGUUAAAAAAAAAAAAAGCAA